CCGCAGGCACCGGGUUUUCCCCCUCGUUUUCCAUCCCCCGCCUCCUUUCCCCCCACCCCUCCUCUCGGGGGGUGGUGGCGCGGGGAGCGGCGGCAGGCAGGCGGGUGCGGAGGGGGAAGAUGGCGUGGAGCGGCGCCCGGUCGCCGAGCCUCCUCCUGCCGCUGCUGCUGCUGGCCCUGGCGCUGCUGGCGGCGGCGGAGAGGCACCCCGGGCAGGGCCCCGGCCCCGCAGAUAAACUACUAGUUUUUACUGUAGCGACUAAAGAACCUGAUGGCUUUCACCGUUUCAUGCAAACUGCAAAGCACUUCAACUACACAGUAAAGGUACUUGGAAAAGGUGAAGAGUGGAAAGGUGGGGAGCUGCCUAAUUCUAUUGGUGGAGGGCAGAAAGUUCGGUUACUGAAAGAAGGCAUAGAAAGCUAUGCUGAUCAGGAGGACUUGGUUGUAAUGUUUGUUGAAUGUUAUGAUGUUAUUUUUGCGGGGAGUCCUGAAGAACUGUUAAAGAAAUUUCAGGAAACUAAUCAUAAAGUGGUGUUUGCAGCAGAUGGACUAAUUUGGCCGGAUAAAAGGCUAGCUGACAAGUAUCCUGUUGUCCGGAGUGGAAAACGAUUCCUGAACUCAGGAGGAUUUAUUGGUUAUGCUCCAUAUAUAAAUCGUAUCGUGCAGCAAUGGAAUCUCCAGGAUAAUGAUGAUGACCAGCUGUUUUACACUAAAAUCUAUGUUGACCCAUUGGCAAGGGAACGUUUUAACAUUACUUUGGACCACAAAUGUGCAAUUUUCCAGACCCUAAAUGGAGCUGUUGAUGAAGUCCUUUUGAAGUUUGAAGAAGGAAAAGUAAGAGCAAGGAAUUCAGUGUACGACACAUUACCAAUCACUAUUCAUGGAAAUGGUCCAACUAAAAUUCACUUGAAUUAUUUGGGAAACUAUAUUCCUAACGCUUGGACACGGGAAACUGGUUGCAGUAUUUGUGAUUUAGACUUACUAGACCUGUCAACAGUAACGGACUAUCCAAGAGUAAAAAUUGGUGUUUUCAUUGAGCAACCCACUCCUUUCCUACCUAAAUUUUUAGACAGACUGUUGACUCUGGAUUACCCAAAGGAGGCACUCAGUAUCUUCAUUCAUAAUAAUGAGGUUUACCAUGAAAAGCACAUCAAGAAAUUCUGGGAAAAAGCCAAGAACAUCAUCAAAAAUAUAAAAAUUGUUGGACCUGAAGAAAAUCUCAGUCAAGCAGAAGCCCGGAACAUGGGAAUGGACCUUUGUCGCCAGGAUAAAGCAUGUGAAUAUUACUUCAGCAUAGAUGCAGAUGUUGUGCUGACAAACCCGAAAACUUUAAGAAUAUUGAUGGAGCAGAACAGAAAGAUAAUUGCUCCACUUGUAACUCGUCAUGGGAAGCUUUGGUCCAAUUUCUGGGGUGCUUUGAGCCCAGAUGGCUAUUAUGCUCGAUCAGAAGAUUAUGUUGAUAUUGUCCAAGGGAACAGAGUAGGAGUGUGGAAUAUUCCAUAUAUGGCUAAUAUAUACUUAAUUAAGGGACAGACUCUCAGACUGGAGAUGAAAGAAAAGAACUACUUUAUGCGUGAUAAGUUGGAUCCUGAUAUGGCUCUCUGCAGGAACGCCAGGGAAAUGGGUGUUUUCAUGUACAUUACCAACAGACAUGAAUUUGGAAGACUUAUUUCGACAGCCAAUUACAAUACUUCCCACUACAACAACGACCUUUGGCAGAUAUUCGAAAAUCCUGUGGACUGGAAGGAAACCUAUAUAAAUCCCAACUACUCAAAGAUAUUCACUGAUAAUAUAGUAGAACAGCCAUGUCCAGAUGUGUUUUGGUUUCCUAUAUUUUCUGACACUGCCUGUGAUGAAUUGGUAGAAGAAAUGGAACAUUUUGGACAGUGGUCUGGUGGAAGACACCAAGACAGCCGUAUUUCUGGAGGUUAUGAAAAUGUCCCAACUGAUGAUAUUCAUAUGAAGCAAAUUGGACUGGAUAAUGAAUGGCUGCAUUUCAUAAGAGAGUUCAUUGCACCUGUAACCCUGAAAGUGUUCGCUGGCUAUUAUACCAAGGGGUUUGCUUUACUGAAUUUUGUUGUAAAAUAUAGCCCUGACAGACAGCGGUCACUCAGACCUCAUCAUGACUCAUCUACAUUCACAAUCAACAUCGCUCUCAACAAAGUAGGCGAGGACUUCCAGGGAGGUGGAUGUAAAUUUCUUAGGUACAACUGCUCCAUUGAGUCUCCCAGGAAAGGAUGGAGUUUCAUGCAUCCCGGAAGACUUACUCAUUUGCAUGAAGGACUUCCUAUCUUGAAUGGCACAAGAUACAUUGCAGUAUCAUUUAUUGAUCCUUAAUUUUUUUUUUGCCCUCUUCAACGGCAGUGUUUGAGUCUCUACAUAAACAUUUAUUUAUAGAUUUCUUCUGGAAGAUGGUGAUAAGAGAAACUGUUUCUGUUCCUGGCCAACAAAGUUACUUUGGGCUGAAAGAAUGAAAAAAAAAGAAAAUGUUCCAAAAUGUUUUGAAGAUCUCUCAGUAUCUGCUCUGAGCCUUGAGUUACAAAGUAAACAUGUCCUGCUUGGUUUUCCAUUCUGCUGUCUUAAAAAGUAGGUAAGGAGGGAAAAUGGAAAAACAUUUUAUAAUGAAUCCAUUUCUUUGUUUAAAAACCCCUAUAAACUGUAAUACAAAAUUAUCUGAAAAAAAAAUUAUUGUGGUUUUCAUUCAGUAAAUUAAUACAGCUAAAGUUUUUGUGGUGUAUAUGUUUGGUGCCAACCCAUUAAAAACCAAUAUCAAGUGAAUCUUGUAUGCAGUUGUUGGGGAUAAGCAAUAAUGUCAUAUGCUGGUACAUAUUGAAGGGAAAGUAUCAGUAAGCCCAUUUUCUUAAUUCAUUUUCAAUACUGAAUUUAAUACCUUUACAUGAAAAAAUAAAUUAAUUGUGUAGAUGGAGCAAGGAUUAAAUAAUUUAGCUAAGAAAACAUGGUUUAUCUUUUGGUUUGCGAACUCAUCAUGUUGAAAAUUUACUUAUCUUCACCAAGUGACCUUCAUUUAAAAUGAAUUAUUUUUCUAAAGGUAUAAUUGCACCCAACUGAUACUGAAAUUUAAUGUUUAUUUUAAGAAAGUUGCUUAAAAUUUAAUAAUAGGAUGUUUUAUGAAGACAAUUUUCUACUCUUACUUAAAAUUACUUGAAUUUUCUAUCAGGAAAAUGAAAUUGUUGCAGUCUCUUUUAAAGCUAAGGGUCUUAACUUGCCAUUUAUUUUAAAGAAAUUGGUUUAAGAUAUUCCUACUGUAUCUACUGUUUGUAAUUUAAAGAAACUUGAAGCUGACUGUCUCAAAGUCUACUGUGCCAAGAGGCACAGCGUGUUGAAAAAACUUGUGAAAAAUAAAGGGUAAUUUAAAAUUAAUAUAACAGCUUUUGCUUUAUUAGGUAUUUUUUAUUAUUUUGCUGUAUUAGGUAGUUUCUUUGGAUGUUGCCAUUGUUACAGAAAUAAUAUUUACUGAUGAAUAUUUUUUAAGGCGAUGUCGAUACAUUUAUAUUGGAGGUUUCUCUAAGUGUCAGUUUUUGGUUUAUUUGCUGUGUUACUUGAAUUUUUUCUUACGUGAGUUUGUGCCUGCAUACCAAACCUUGCAUUACACUUUCAAAAUGACUUCA